AUGUUGUCAGUCAUGAAAGAUGUUGCUCACAAAAUAGAAAAGUUAUAUAAGUCUACUGUGUUUUAUGGCAAUGAAUAUGUGGGUUAUACCUAUAUACCAGCCAUUCCUGAACAAGCAGAAAAAAUAAAUAAAGCUUUACAACCUAAUCAAGAUAAUGUUAUUGCUGAAAAAAGUAAAGUAGUUGCUAAAUUACAUAAUAAAAUGUCACCUAGAUAUACUAAUACAGUUAUUGAUGUUAAGAAAUAUACACAAAAAUUGAUGAACAAAUUCAAACAAAAGUUAAACUGUAAUAAUUUUUAUAUUUUCAUGCAAUUGGAAAAAGAGAAUAAAUUGAUGAAUAAAAGAGAAAAACUAGCAAACGAUGGAGAAGAUAUUGACGAUGAAUUAGAAAAAGCUACCAAAAACAACACAUUGACUAUGUUCUUAUUCCCUAAAUGA